UGUCAAACUACCACUCGCAGAAUCGCAGAUCGUGUGAUUUUGAGGUUAUAUUUAAGUUGUAGAUUUGUUUUGAAGUUUUAAAAGUAAAUAAAAAUCGUUUAAAAUGGUUAAAAAGAAAAUAGAUAAUCGCAUCAGGGUGAUGAUUGAAAAUGGAGUCAAAUUGGGACAUCGCACUAUGUUCCUCCUUGUCGGAGAUAAAAGUAGAGAUCAGGUCCCCAUUCUUUACGACAUGCUAGUAAAAUCGACGGUCAAAGCCAGGCCUACGGUACUGUGGUGCUAUAAAAAUAAAGAUGAAGCCAUAAGCAAUCACGGGAGAAAGAGAGCUAAGAAAAUAGCAGCAGGAAAGUUGGAAGUGUCAGAAGAAUCCCUGUUCGACUCAUUCCGAGUUGCAACCACCAUCCAUGGAAGAUAUUAUUCUGAGAGUCACGCAAUGUUGGGGCAAACUUAUGGAGUUUGUGUAUUACAGGACUUUGAAGCUCUGACUCCGAACCUGAUGGCUCGCACCAUAGAGACGGUAGAAGGAGGCGGCCUCAUCAUCUUCCUCCUCAAGUCUAUGGACUCUCUGCGACAGCUCCACUCUAUUACCAUGGAUGUACAUUCAAGAUUCAAAACAGAAGCAUAUAACACAGUAGUGAACCGUUUCAAUGAGCGAUUCCUUCUAUCAUUGGCUGACAACCCUCGGUGCUUGGUGCUGGAUGACUCACUGACUGUUCUACCAAUAUCUUCAAAGACUGCUCAAGUGGAACCAGUGGAUGCUGUUGCUGAGCGCGUGAACCCCAAGCUAACAGAACUAGUGUCAUCUCUCUCUGACUCGCCGCCGGCCGGGCCGCUGGUGGCUCUCUGUCGCACGCACGACCAGGCGGCCGCGCUCGCCGCGCUCAUCAACACGCUCGCUGACAAACAAUCCAGACCCCCCCACUGCCUGACAGCGGCGCGCGGGCGCGGCAAAUCAGCGACCCUCGGGCUAGCAGUAGCCGCGGCCAUAGCACUGGGAUACGUCAACGUAUACGUCACGUCGCCGCAUCCGGAGAACUUGAUCACGCUGUUUGAGUUUGUAUUGAAGGGUCUGGACGCGUGCUUGUACCAGGAGCACAUAGACUACAACAUCGUGCGCUCCACCAACCCCGAGUUCAAGAAGGCCAUCGUCCGGAUCAACGUGGCCAGGAACUCCAGGCAGACUGUGCAGUACAUAACCCCGGACGACACAUCCCUGCUAGCUGCAGCAGACUUAGUCCUCGUAGACGAGGCGGCCGCCAUCCCCAUACAACGAGUUCAAGCCGCGGCGGAGAAGGCCCCUCUCGCUCUGCUGUCGUCCACAGUGUCUGGGUACGAGGGCACGGGCCGAGCGCUGAGUCUGAAGCUGUUUUCUCAGCUGCAGACUGUGCAUAAUGCGCCGCCGCCGAUAAAACUCGAAGAGCCCAUCCGUUACCGCCCCAACGACGCAGUAGAAGCCUGGCUAAACCGCCUGCUCUGUCUGGAAUCCCCGCCGCCCGCCCCCGGCGCGGGGGCGCCACCGCCCGCCCCCUGUCAGCUGUACAGGGUGAAUAGGGACGCCCUGUUCUGCUACCAUAAGGCGGCUGAGGCCCUGUUGCAUAGGAUCCAGGCUGUCUGUGUGGCUAGCCAUUAUAAGAACAGUCCCAACGACCUGCAACUCCUAGCCGACGCGCCGGCGCACUGCCUGUUCGUGUUACUCGCCCCUACACCACCAAACUGUACCGCCAUACCCGAGGUGUUGUGCGUCAUACAGAUGUGCUUCGAGGGGAACAUCUCCGACAAAUCAGUGAGCGACAGCCUGGGCCGCGGGCGCAAGGCGGCGGGCGACCUCAUCCCGUGGAACGUGUGCGAACAGUUCGGGGACCGGGACUUCCCGCAGCUCUGUGGGGCUAGGAUAGUGAGGAUAGCCACGCAUCCGUCGUACCAACGGAUGGGCUACGGCAAGCGCGCACUACAACAGCUAGCCGAGUACUAUUCAGGAAACAUCCCGUGCCUCGACGAACAUAACGAUGAGGAGACAGAGGAGAGAGCUAAUGGGAAGGCCAGCUUACAGACAGAGACUAUUGCUCCCAGGUCAAAACCUCCGAUUCUACUCAAGAGGCUAUCAGAAGUGCCGGCAGAACGUCUGGAUUAUUUGGGAACCAGCUUCGGACUAACAGAAGAACUACUCAAGUUCUGGAAGUCACAAAAAUAUGUGCCUGUUUACGUCAGCCAAAAGCCCAACGAGCUAACCGGCGAGCACUCCUGCAUCCUCCUCCGGCCGCUACAGGAAGCGACGCCAUCUUGGCUCACGGCGUACUUCGCUGACUUCCGGAAACGGUUCACGAGGUUGUUAGCUCGGAGUAUGAAGAUACCCGCGUCUCUCGCACUGCAGACUAUUAGUAAUCAGAAGGAGGAGAAUCGACCAGUGCUAACAAAGCAGAUAAUCGAGCAACACCUCUCCGGCCACGACCUAGCCCGUAUAGAGUCGUACUGUCGGCAACAAGCGGACUACAGGCUCAUAGCUGAUUUGAUAUCAGUUGUAGCAGAUCUGGUGUUCCAUACGAAGACUAGUGCUAAAUUGGAUGCUAUACAACAGGUGAUCCUAGUAGCCAUGGGGUUCCAGAUGAAGGAUGUAGAUGACGUGGCCAAGGAACUGGGGCUACCGGCCUCGCAACUGCUGGCCAAGUUCUACGAGGGGUGCAAGAAGAUUAAUAAUGCCUUCAAUGCGGUGCUUGAGAGGACUGUUGCUAAGGAGAUCGGGAUUGAUGAGAAGGUAUCCGAGGAUGUAUCAUCAGAAAACCCGGUGAAGGAGAGUCUGCAACAGGAGCUGUCGAAGGCUGCCAAGGAGCUAGAACGCAAGCAGCGCAAGGAGCUGUCCCGGCUGAUGGGCGAGGACUUAUCCCAGUACCGCAUCAAGGGCAACGAGAGCGACUGGAAGCAAGCACUGGCUGCCACUAAGCAGAAGACUAUGCUGUCUGUUAAGAGUGGCGAGAAGCGUCACGGCGACGACGCUAAGGAAAUUGACGAGCUGAUAGAGUCACACUCCAAGAAGAAGAAGAAAAAGAAGCACGUUCGAAACCAAGUGUAAAUAAACUUUGUUAACAGGUAA